AUGCGCGUUAACGCAGCAUUAGUCACCAACCGAGGACAAACGUACGUGAUCUUCGAUGGCGACAGCGUAGCGUUAAUGAAUGAAUGCGACAUGAUUAUUCGUGAAUAUCACUCGUUAAAAUCGAUAUUUCCGGGAAUACCAUCAUCUCCGACUGUAUCCUACCGAUAUAUCGACGGUUCUCUUCAUUUCUUACAAAAACGUCAAUAUUACAAAUUCAACGAGUUCACCCAAACAGUAACGAAUGCCGAUAAUUUCAACAUGAAAAUACUCAACGUAAAUUGUCCUACAGACGGACUGCUAAGACAAUUGCAAGAUCUUCUUAAUCGACUGCUUCAAUCAAAUAAUUUACUCGAAUACACCACAGAGGAUGCAUUGGACGAUUAG